AUGGCAGGGAAGAAUGGCCAAGGUCGCGGUAGCGCUGACGUGAAACGCGAUCCUCAUCGUCGAGCCAGUCACUAUGAAGCUCUCACAUUCCUGUCUCAAAAAGGAAGCGAGCCGACGAUCAUCAAUCGGGUGGAGACCACGAUCACCUCGACGUGGUAUGUCAGCGCGCCCUGGGCAUUCCAGAACAUGACUGGUCGUUUCUGUUACGUCUUCCGAAAAAGCCCAAUGAGCGGCUGGUAA